AUGGCGGCACUACGCUAUUUCCCGUGCCCGUUAUUCCCCGGUGAAGUUGAGGAUUUUUAUUGCACAAACUGCCACACCUCUUGUAGUGCCUUGUCCCUCUUGGUUGGACCACACACCGGGCACAGUCGCAUUCCGCUUUCUCUGGCAACGCAAUACUUUCCCUCCGCGCUUCUUCGUAAUGCAAACACCCUCCUUCAACGUUUACGGGAUGAAUAUGAGCAACCAAGGGCAGAGCACAUGCUGGCCCUUGGCAGGGCGCUGGAGCACCUGAAGCAGCAGCGAGAACAGAAGUUGAAGGGGCUGCAGGAACUCAGGCGCGACGUGUUGCUCAUAGACAAGGAACUGAACGCUGUUGAGCAGAGGCGUGUUGCAGCGAUUUGCCAUUGGUCACGCAAGCGCCAGAGUUUUGCUGAUGAGGCGCGAAAAAUAUUGCACGGUGCAGACACCCUAGCGAAGGCGGCGGGGCUGAGGGAUCCAACCAGUGAUGAGGUAGCAGAGGAGAAAAGAACGAUUAAUGCUGAAGCUCGGCAAAUGAUCGCAAAGGAGUUGGAGGAUGUGCGGAAGCUGUUGUCAGAACCAUUGGAGUUGCUAAGCAACGAGAUGAAAAACCUGUCGCAGGAGCUGAGCGUUGAGAGGAAUUGUUGCUCACUGGAGGGUAGUGAAAGCGAUGAUGAAGCCAUGCGAUUCUUUUACGCGAAAGACAUGACGAGGCGCAGCAUGGGCACGUGUGGCAUAGACACGUUGCCGACGUCCGACACUCGAGUUGUGCUGGAUGAGCUGCUUACUUCUGGACCGGGAAACGCGACGCCAAGCGGUUUGAGCGACCCUUUUGGAAAAGAGCUCGUUGAGGCGGCGAGCGAGUGCGGUAGUGUUGGCAGUAGUGUAUCGGCUAACGAGCGCUGUCGAUGGCGGGACAAUAUGAAGCAGAGGGAGCGGCUUCUACACGAAGGUCUCAACCGUUGUUUACUUAACCGCAUUUAA